AUGGAGGAACAGCCAACCAAAAAAGGUGAAGACAAUCGAAGAAUACACACUUAUCCGCUGUUGAAACAUAGUGAUAUGAAUGAAGAUAUGCUAACUGAAGUGAUGGAACUAUGUGUGACAGCAUGUGAAAAGUUCUCAACUGAUAAUGAAGCUGCUUCACGUUUUGUAAAAGAAACAAUGGAUAAAAAGUUUGGUGCAGCAUGGCAGGUGGCUAUUGGUGAAAGUUUCGGUUUCGAAAUAACUUAUGAUAUCAAAAGUAUUCUAUACAUGCUAUGUGGUGGAAAUUUAGGCAUAAUUGUCUGGAAAUGCUCUUGA